UUCUUUUUCUAUUAUUUUGAUAUAAAAUUUAUAGAAUGGCUUAUAGUCAAACGUUAUUUGGAUUAAGCCGUGGUUUCAGCCACUCGAAGUGCUGCAACAGGCAGAAGGAACUCCCCGGAGUGUCCAGUUAUCAUUGGGCACCGCCGAUCGUGAAACACAAUUACCGGAAUGUUUCGAGCCCAAAGUAUAAUAAGGGCUUGAGUCUCAGUCACGAGGAACGACAGAGACUGAAUAUUUGUGGACUUCUUCCCCCCGCCUAUCGAACCAUGACAGAACAACUUCACGCUGUGGCAACCAACUUUGCUGCCCAGUCAACGGAUCUGCAUCGUUAUAUGUACCUGAGAGAGCUGCGAAAUCGCCAUGAGCGUCUUUAUUUCCAGUUCGUCACUGAUCACGUGAAGGAGGUGAUGCCCGUUGUGUAUACGCCCACUGUGGGCGCGGCAUGUGUGCACUUUAGUUUGUUGCACUUUGCCAUAUUGGGAAUGUAUAUCUGCAAGUUUGACAAGGGUCGCAUUGUCGAUGUUAUCAAGAAUUGGCCAGAGAAAGAUAUUCGUGCCGUUUGCAUCACGGAUGGCGAGCGGAUUCUUGGAUUGGGAGAUCAGGGGGCCAAUGGCAUGGGCAUUCCCGUGGGCAAACUAGAUCUGUACACGGCACUCGGCAAAAUACCACCUGAGCUUCUAAUGCCGGUUCUUCUGGACGUUGGCACCAACAACAAACAGCACUUGGCUGAUCCGUUGUAUAUUGGCGUACGUCAGGAGCGGAUUCGGGGAGAGGAGUAUGAGGAGCUGGUGCAGGAAUUAAUGGAUGCAAUUGUCGAAUGCUGGGGACCCCAAACACUCAUUCACUUCGAGGACUUUGCCACACCGAAUGCCUUCAAGUUUAUUGAGAAAUACAAGAAUUGCUAUUGCUACUUUAAUGACGACAUUCAAGGCACGGCAGCCACAGGAUUGGCCGGGUUCAUCGGAGUUGAGCGUAUAACAAAGAUUCCCCUCGAAGAUCAUGUCAUUUUGUUUGUAGGUGCUGGUAGUGCAGCCGUGGGCAUUGGUAAUCUGGUGAUCCAAGAGAUCAUCAGUCGUGGCAUCUGCGAGGAGGAAGCUGCCGAAAAUAUCUACAUGACCGAUUCUUUAGGUCUAUUAACCAAGGAUAGGGAGAACGUCUUACUAGGUGCAAAGCCAUUUCUGAAAGACAUGCCUCCCAACAAGAAUCUAGAGGAUUUGGUGAAACAAUUGAAGCCCACAAUAUUAUUGGGCGCAACAGGCGUGGGCGGACUCUUCACAGAGAAUAUCAUUCGAACUAUGGCAAAAAACCAUAAGCAGCCUGCAAUUUUCGCAAUCUCAAAUCCAACGAGCCAGGCUGAAUGCACUGCCGAACAGGCUUAUAAUUUCACAGAGGGUCGUGCUCUGUUCUGUUCUGGGUCUCCCUUUCCCCCUGUUGUGUUCAAUGGCAAGCGAUUUGUUCCUGGCCAGGCAAACAACUCCUUUGCCUUUCCCGGUGUCGCCUUGGGAGUGAUGUGUGCGAGGCCCUACAACAUACCCGAUGACUUAUUCCUCGUUGUGGCACAUACAUUGGCUGCCUACGUUGUGGAAGACAAUCCGAAUACUGAAAAGAUUUAUCCGGAUACUGCGGAAUCUUGUGCAGUUGCCCUCAUGAUUGCUGUUCAGGUGGUGCAGUAUUUCAUUGACCAUGGCUUGGCUAAUUUGUAUCCGAUACCUGAGAAUCUCUAUGAGUUUGUCAAGUGCCAUCAAUACUAUACGAAUUACAAAUCAUUAGUGGCCUCUACUUGGAAGUAUCCCAAGCUACCUAGGCUUCCCUUAACAAAGAAACCUGAGAAGGACUUGAAAUCGAGUCCUAAAAAGUAACUAAGUCAGCUAUG